UCUCCGAACACACACGGUGCCCUUUCUCCUUUCUCCAAACAAACGGUGUCAAAGCGGCUGGGAGCCUAGAAAGAAAGAAAACCAAGCCAUGGCCGCUGCUCGGUGCUCUUCCGUGGUUCUCAUGCUGCUAGUGCUACUGACCUCCUGCUGCAGCGCCGCGGAUAAGAACCUGACCCACCUCCACUUCUACUUCCACGAGAUCGAGGCCGGUGCCAACGCCACCAUCGUCAGCGCCGUAAGCCUCGACAAGAGCGCGGCGGUGUUUGGGGACGUGAAGGUGUUCGACAACGAGCUGCGGGAGGGCCCGGACCCGUCGUCGCGGCUCAUCGGCAGGGCGCAAGGCCUCGGCGUGAACGCGUCGCUGGACGGCGCCAGCAUAUUGACGGCCAUCGACUUUGUCUUCUCCGGCGACUACGGUGAGUACAGCGGCAGCACGCUGACGACGCGGGGCCAGUUCAACCUGACGGGGCCCUCGGAGCGCGCCAUCGUCGGCGGCACCGGCAAGCUCCGCUUCGCGCGAGGGUAUAUGACCAGCCGGGUCCUCAGCUUCACCAACACCUACGCCGUCGUCGUCUUCGACAUGUACUUCACCCUGGCCCUUUGAUCGUCAAUUCAUCCGUCCUUGCUUAAUUUCGAUCCCAACAGAGGACAUGCGCGCAGCAACGUCUUGCUUUCAGAUUUGAUUAUGUUUAAUUUGUGCACUUGUUCGAAUAAGCAUUUGAUCGAACUGGUGGAAGAAUUGUAUUCGUCAAUUUUUUUUUUGUAUAUUUAAAUUCAGUAAUUCAUACAAACAAUCGUGACAAAAGCAUGUACAAGUCUCAUGAUUAAUAUAUACCUGCCGACAGUAAUAUGUA